UAAAUGUUUCUUUCAGUCUCUAGCUACUUACGACAGUUCAAAUUGCAGUUUAAUAGGUACUCUGUGGAACUGACAUAUUAUCAUGAAAUGUUUGUCUUCUGUCAGAUUUUUGUCUGUUGUCGGUCAAAGUAUUUUUGAUUUUAUUUGGGUGUAAGUUGUUUAUUAGUUGUGCGUUUAAUACUCUUGCGAUUCCUAUAGCAAUGUUUUUGAAUUGAUGACGAAGUAAACCUGUCUAACAUGACAUUAAAAAAUGAAGAUUUACAAGAACACACCAAAAGGUUACGUUUUAAGAAUGUUAACCAAACUAACUCUGGAGAGUUUACGGAUAGGGUGGUUAAAGAGAUAAAAAGCAAAGAUGGUGAAAAAAAUGCUUCCCUGUUUACAUUUUUGCAUGUAGAACUAACUAGAGGCUAUUUAUUGGAGCACGAUGAAGAAAGAUUUUCAGCGAGACGAGAAAAGGUGUAUUCUUUUAUUAAAAUACCACAAGAAUUGGAGAAAUUUAUGGCAUAUGGAUUUUUUCAAUGUGCGGACUCCCUACUUUUCAUUUAUACAUUUCUUCCUUUAAGAUUUAUAAUGGCGUUCUGGUCCUUUUUUGAAAGAUUAUUUAGAAGGUGUUUUGGGUUCUGCUCAAACUCUCAAAGAAGCAUACUGAAACCCGCUGAGACAUGUGAUGUACUUAAAGGAUUCAUUCUCUUAAUAUGUAGUAUAUUAAUGUGUUAUAUUGAUACAAAUAUGAUGUAUCAUCUAGUGAAAAGCCAGAGUGUUAUGAAGUUAUAUAUAUUCUAUAAUAUGUUAGAGGUUGGUGACAGGUUGUUUUCAGCGUUUGGACAAGAUACAAUAGAUGCCUUGUUCUGGACAGCUACAGAACCAAGAGAUAGGAAAAGAGAGCAUUUGGGUGUGAUACCACACUUGAUUUUUGCUAUGAUAUAUGUCUUUCUCCACAGCCUAUUAGUGUUAUUUCAAGCUACAACACUCAAUGUGGCAUUCAAUUCUAACAACAAGAGUCUACUCAUCAUUAUGAUGUCCAAUAAUUUCGUAGAGUUGAAAGGCAGUGUAUUCAAAAAGUUUGACAAGAACAACCUCUUCCAAGUGUCAUGCAGCGAUGUAAGAGAGAGGUUGCAUCUGGCCGUACUACUGUUUAUAGUUGUGCUACAGACUAUGAAGGAAUAUGUCUGGAAAGAGGAGCGGUUCUGGAUCUUAGCACCUGAUUGUGUGCUGGUUUUGACUUUUGAGGUUAUAAUAGAUUGGGUUAAGCAUGCCUUUAUUACUCGCUUCAACGAGAUCCCGUACGGCGUGUACCGCGAGUACACGCUGAGCCUCGCGUACGACGUGGCGCAGACGCGGCAGGAGUACGCGUUCAGCGACCACUCGGACCUCGUGGCGCGACGCAUGGGCUUCAUCCCGCUGCCGCUGGGGGUCGUCAUCACCAGGGUGCUGGUGCACGCCGUCAAGGUGGACGGGUUUGCAGCGAUAUUUCUAAUUUUCCUCGCCUACAUAUGCCUAAUAACGGUGCGUGUGCUGAUAUCCAUAGUGAUACUGGGCAAGGCGUGCAACCUCAUCACGUUGCACCAGAGCGAGAAAACUGAGAGCCAUCAGACUACGCCUAAACGAGAGCACAAAGACUUCAAAGAGAUCUUUACGCACAAGUCGCCAGAAAGCGAGCCGCCAGAUAAGAAACCGCAGUUGAAGUUUAUGGUGCCCGGUGAUACAGUUAAAAGUGAGCCGCGUGUAGACUCAACGGGCGCGGCGGCCAUUUUCUCGAACAGUGCCAUAGACCUCAACGGCGUGUGCUAUCUCAACGACAACCUCGCUGAGAUCAAACACGAGCCCGACUAUGACAAUGAGCUAGCGGACGUGACCCGCAGCGCGCCGGACAUCAACAAGACGCGGGCGGGGCCGGGCGCGGCGGGGGGCGCGGGGGGCGCCGGGGGCGCUGCGGGCGGCGCGGGGGGCGCGGAGGACGCGCUGCAGCGCCGCGCCGAGUCUGAGCCUAAUCUCGCCAAGCCGGACGACGAUGUCGCCUAG